GCUCGUCGCACGACCCGUGGUGCCUUCAUUCGACUUUUCAUUCCGGAACAGGUUCGUUGUUUUUGCCACUGCAAUUUUCCACUACCUACUGAGUCACAAUGGCCGAAACGGUGCUGUACAUCAACAACCUGGACCAGGCCACCACGGACAUGGACCUGUACCACGAGUUUAUCCGCUACGGGGCGAUCCGUUCGACGGCACUCGCCCAAUCGAUGGACCGCACGGGCACGCACCUGCACCACGGAAUCGUGGCCUUCUUCGAUGCGACGUCAGCGGCCACGGCGCGGGACGAAGCCAAUGGACGGAUGUUCCGUGGGCGACCGAUGGAGGUCACGUUCGGCAAUUCGAUGUUUCCAUUUUGAG